AUGAAUACCAGUACUGGGACAUACCAAUCAUUGGAAAAGCUUUCUACCUUCCUUGGGUUCGACACCAUCCCAGCACUCCAGAAAUGGAUGGGAAGCAUGUUAUGCAAGCCCUACUGGGACGAAUAUCAUGGAUGGGCAGCAUCCGAAAUUGCUGAUGGGAGAAUACCAAAACUCACCGACUAUCGCUCUGUAUUGAAGCAUCUAACGGAGGGUGAAGCUGUAGGAAUCCGGAAAUUCUCUACUGACUUUCCGGAUAUAUCAGCCUGGACGGCCAUCGACUGGCAUGCAAGACUACUUUACAAGAUUCUCUCGGUAAACCAGGCCGAUCGACAUGGAAUCUUUUACGGCAAGAAUUUUAGUGAGGUAGAGAUGGCAUCCCGAGCCUGGCAAGUGAUUCUACGAUUGAAAUUAGACGCGUCCCAUGAACACAGGCCGAGAAAAAAGGCGAAAGCCACCAGUGAGUUUGAACAUUGGCGGAUCGAUGAUGACGAGGCUAUUCCUACGCCCGUCAACCCGGAAAGAGGAGCUGCUAGUGUCAUAUGGAUGAAUAUCCCAGCCGACCUGGAGGAACAGGGAAUAAAAUCAAUGGUUGUUCUGAAAGGCCUGGUCAGCUAUACCUAUGAGCGUUUUUUGGAGGAGAUUUAUCGCGGACUAGAGCUGAAAGAACACGGGUUACAAAUUGAUAAACUGAGUGUUGACGGUGACACUAUAUCUGGAAGCUCUUUCAAGGAAUUCUUGGGACUUGCUUGCUGUUCCGCGGGUAGGUUGUUGGUUGCAUUAAAUACAGAAAAAGGCCUCCCGGAGCCCGACAUUCCACAAAUCGAAAAUGAAGAACUUUCAAGGCGGCUCUUAUACGACCUUAUGGUGGCCGAAAGAGUAUCCUCGGAGUUUGACUUGAGAGAUCGAUUCUGGAUUUGGACCGCAAUACAAAAAGCAUCCAAAGUUCAGCAUUCACCUAUUAACAGCAAUUGUGUACUCCUACACGAAGCGGUUGACAUUGAAGGAGAUAGCAUAAGAUGGUUAAUGAAAUCCAAAGAUUCGGAUGACCCCGAGAGUGGAACGAAAGACGUACUUCGCGAGCUGACCGACAGCGAUAUAAAACAAUACCGAGAGCAGGAAAAGUGGAUUGAUAACCAAGACCUACAGCGCCAGGGCCAUGGCGAGGCCUGCAGUGCUCUUGGGAUUCCAAAUCCAGAUAUACCCCGUUUACCAGGUAUGCCAGUAAGCGCAAAAUUCGAAUUUUGGCAGCCGCUAGCUGUGAAAGCACUCAAGGAAUUCGAAGAAGGCUAUCUCAGAGGAGGAAUUCUAGCCGAUGAGGUUGGGAUAGGGAAAACCUUUGAGGCCAUUGGCCUUGAGCAACAUCACUGGAAUCUGAGAAAGGCGGCCCUCGAAUCCAACAUGCAAAUAGCGCCGCCUAGGCCAACCCUCAUAGUUGUUCCGCCGAAUCUAAUCCAACAAUGGGCUUCAACGAUUAGGGCUAUGUCAAUGGAUCUAAUUGUGAAAAUAUAUUACGGAGGUCGAGGACAAAAUCAAGGACAAAGUGGUGCGGACGGAGUAGAAUAUCUGCGUGGAGUUCUCUCUAGAGAUGACAAGGUAUUUUCCAAGACAGAAGAAACCGCACGAACGGCCAUUAUCACUUCAUUUCGUACCCUGACUACUCGACAUGGACCAACAUCCCUAAGAAAGUGGUUGAGAAACAAAAUUUCGAGCGAAGAUGGAUCCGAAAAUUAUGCAUCAGUUACUGAAUCUGUGCACUCAAUCAUGGAAAGGUUGACCCGUCCUCCAGAUGAGUGGCCGCAUGGGCUAAGCGGCUGCUUCAAGAGAGUCAUUGUGGAUGAAGCUCAUGAAAUAAGGAAUAAAAAAUCGCUUACGGCAACUACUUUACAUUGGCUGCAGUCACCGGCGGUUUUAUUACUUUCCGCAACCCCCAUUUGGAACGGGCUUUCCGAUAUUCUUGGGCUACUUUAUCAGUUAGAACCAGUCGAGAAUCCUUGGUCAAAAAAGUCAUUGAACGAGCUCGGCGCGUUCGAUAUCGAGCCCUUGAAAAACUCAGAGUCUAGUAUACAGUAUGAAUGUGAUACAAACGAUGGGAAUGAUUCAAUUGAUGAAGAAGCUGAAAACCUCACAUAUUUCCUCAAACGAAUUGAUCCCUGGGAAAUCCCAUGUCACCAUCCCGCCUCUUCCCUUCGAUACACGUCGGAGUCUGUUAAACAUCAUAUCAUCAAUGGAGGCGGGAAUGACCCUUUAACCAAAAAGGGUAAAAGAAUGAGAGAGGUACUGAAAGCAUGCAUGAUUAAGAGGUCAUAUGGAUCAUUGGUAGAUGGCCAAGUUGUGGGGCAAGCCCUGCCUGCAGUUCAGAAUAUAUCUGUUCAUCUCGAAUUUACCCAAGAAGAACAGAGAGAAUAUGAGCGGACACUGGACCACUGUUUAGCUACGAUUCGCAGGAAAAAGGCAAAGGAAAACGAGGAGGAAGAUAAGAAUAAGGAUGCCGCAGACAUCCUAAGUGGUCCGAAAUUUAGAAGGCUCUGCCUGGUCACUUCCUGGACAGAUUUUGAUUUUGUUGGCCAAUCCUAUACAGCGAAGAAUUUAACGGAGCGUCGAAAAAAAGGUGUAUUACCUGCACUUACAAUCUUGAAGGACGUUAAUAAUGGGAAGCAGCAGUUACUUAGACGCCAAAACCUAUUACAAGAGGAAUUUCCUCAAAUCAUGAUCCAUCCCCUUCCUUCGCCAGAUGAUAUCAAAGGAAUACUGCAGGCCCAUUGUCGAGGAUCUCCAAAAUUACGAUAUCUCUUACAGCUGGUGGCUGAACUGGUUGUUUUACGGAAAGAAAAAAUGCUAAUAUUUGCCACGUUGCCUACACAAGUGCAUUGGUUGGAGAGUGUCCUCAAACUUCUUGAACUAGACGCCAAUUCAUAUAGAGCAGAGCUAAACAUAGAAGAUAGACAAAUAUUGGCUGAUACAUUUCACAGAUCCCCAACCAAAUGCCAAAUCCUAAUAACGUCGUUCUGGGUAUGCUGCACGGGGUUAAAUCUUCAUGGGCAUUGCCGCAACCUGGUAUUCUGGGAUGCUGCUCCGAUUUCUGCUGAACAGCAGGCUCUUGGGAGACUAAAAAGAGUUGGAGCAACGAGAACAAUUCGACUAUUUCGGCUAUUUAUUGAUAAAACCUUCAGCACUGAGCAGAAUAUGAAGUACAUCGCGCAGGCGAUUCCUGGGCUUAUGGCUCAGCUAAAUAUGGAAGUAUUUGGAGAGGAAGAUGGCACAGAUGGGGCUGUGUUGGGCCAGUGGGUUAUUCAUGAGGGCCAAUUGGUUAAGGCUGAUGAUCCAUCGGUGCUUGGUCUAGGUUUGCCGGCUUUAGGUGAUGGAGACUUGCUCACUCACAUUUUGAUGAUACAGCAAGGAAAGGAAAUAUAG